AUGAAUUCCCGAUAUUUGAUCGUUAAAUUACUCAUUUUUAUCACAAUCGAAGAAUGUUCAAGCGCCCUGGACGGAUUCAAUGGCACCUGUGAUGAUUCGUUCAGCUGCGGAACCAUCUCCGGCAUCGGAUACCCUUUCCGGCGGCAUCAGGAUCCUACACACUGUGGUUACCCCGGUUUUGAGCUCAACUGUGAUGAACGGAAUCUGCCCACCAUCGACAUCAUGAACCUUAAGUACCAGAUUCUGGGCAUCGAUCUAACGGCCCAGAUUCUGAGGGUGGUUCGAGAAGAUAUGGUGAACUCGAUCUGUCCGCAAGAACUAGUCAACACCACGAUUAAUCACGAGCUUUUCGACUAUACCUCGAGUUAUAUGAACAUCAGUUUUCUCUUCGGAUGUCCAUUUUCUUCCAACAUCGUGGGGUUUGGCUCGAUUUUAUGCAGUACGGAUGAGAUUUCUAGUCCGGUCCUUGUGUUGCCGGGAAUACAAGGCCCAGGCGACUGUAAAACUAGUGUUGUAACCCCGGUACCAGUUGGGUUUUUGGACCCAACUCGGCUGGGUCAAGUUUUACGUGAAGGGUUUGAGGUCAGGUGGAAGGUCGGGAGGACUUGCAGCGGUUGCAUGCGGUCUGGUGGCCGGUGCCUGUACAAUAACGAUACAGGGCUAACCAUGUGUGGGUGUCCUGGACCAACUUUUCUGGCCGAUAACUGUUCGACGACAAAUAAAACUGAAGUUGGUUCGUCACCAUCAUCAGGUAUGCAACUCUUUUCUACGUCGUUUUUGCUUGUUGGCGUUGGUAGUUGGCGGGGUUAA